AUGGAGGGUGGUAAUUCCGUCGUAAGGAUGCUCCUUUACUUUGCACUUUUCAUCCAGUGCACGGCCGCUUACUCAUUUAGCCAGUCCAAGAAUAGAGAGGAAAAUGGGAACGUCUUUUUUACGCCUAUGCUAACCAAGGAUGUAAAGGAAAGCCAUUUUAAGGGGACAAGCCAAAACGCUCAGGAAAGUUACACCCCCAGAAAGGAAAGAAAUGCCACCAAGAUAAAAAAAAAUAUGAACAAUUUAUUUAAGACCUUAUAUCCUAAUGAGGCACAAAUGGAGGAAAGAAAUAGAAAGGAAUGGGAUUACCAAGGGGGAACCAUGCAGGGUGUGCAUGAUGAGCAGGGAACUCAGGUCAAUAAUAGGAGUCACGAUGAAGGAGUGCACAGCAACCGACGCAAGGGAGGCUUCCCUAGUGGGAAUGUCCUGAACAGAGAGUUGCCCAGCAUCUACCCGGUUGGUCAAGGGGGAGAAACGACCGACCAUAGUGUUAGCGGUGUUGACGGGGAGGAAAAAACGAUUGAGCACCACAGUGGUGAAAACGUCGAAGACAACCAGAAGAGCUCUGCAAAGGAGCAAAGUGCAAACCAGCAAAGUCCAAUGGAACUUUUAGGCAAAAGUGAACAGUUAAAAAGUGAGUCCAAUUUUUCCCUCCUGGAUUAUCUGAAGGGCUUCUUCCAGAAAUCCACAUACAUAAAAAAGUUCCAGAACUUUAUCGAACUUUUUUUUAACAAAUACGAUCAGCGUGUGUUGGAGUCCACGAUUUUUUUUAAUUUCGACGAAACGUUGUUUUAG